CUGAGAAGUUUGCAUGACGAAAUAUCGAAGUCUCUUAACGCGGCCGUGACUCGAGCCGCCACUGCUGCGGAAACAGCCCUGCAUACUGCAGUCAAUGUCGCAAAUAAACUGGACGUAGCUCUCAAACUGGACAGUCGUAUAUCAUCGCUGUACGCCAUCGUCGGUGACUACUCGGAUCAGUUGAGCGGGUUCGACGCCGGGCUCACGACACAAUGUGUGAAAUGUUCAACAGAUGCAAGGCUUCAAAGAUCAAAUCGGCCAAAUGCGUUCGGAUCUCAAGAAGGGACUUCAACAAUUGGACAAUCUGUAAUGGAGCUGACGGAGCGUUACACCGAGCUGGUCGUAGACCUGGACAGCACUAUGACAGCACACACGACGCUGCAGCAGCUGCAAUCAAAACUGGCUGGAGAGAUGCAUAGCUUGGUGGAGUGUGUGGAAAUGCUGCGCGAACAGAAAUGUGACAGAGAUGAAGUCUUGGAUGGGCUCCGGGAUAAGGCCGACAUAUCACGUCUUGCGGGCUUGUUGUCAGAGGCACAGUUCGCGACCGCGCGGACUGACUUCGAGAGGCGACUUGACCUCUGUCAUGAUAAAUUCAACAGACAGGAUUCCAUGUGGACGUCGGCAAUCAAGGACCUGUCCCGUCUGACGGAUCAGAAGGCGGAAUUGAUCGAGCUGCUGUCGCUUCGAGACACCACACAAAAACAACUGCAAGAGUUAAACGACAGGCUGCACACGAUGGCCCUCGUGCUUGGAGAACCCAAGGCGGCGCUGCUGACUCGUCAACUAGCUCGUGGUGCGGUGUGCGGCGCUUGUGGAGCCUCCGCCCUCAUGGAGCCUCGGGACGCUAACGCGGGCGCUCCGCCCCGCCUGCCGCCGCUCAGAGCGGAGCCCGAGCCGGAGCCCUGCAAUCGAUGGAUCAUCGCUGAGCCGCCGCUUGAAAGACACGUAUGUCACCGAUGGGCGGGAGGGUCCCACACGUUGUUGAGUUCGACCACACACGAGCGAGCCCCGGGUCUGGACCUCAGUGAGAUCCGCACCAUGAAGUACACGGGCCACGGCACAGACGGACGGCUGUACAUGUUGGAAGAAGAUCUCAAGCCGUGCGUUGAAUGUAACAUGCUCACUACGGACGUACCUCCAGAAGGAGCUCCGCCUAGCGACCUCGGAGCAGGAGACACGACAUGA